AUGGCCUCAGGUCCCUCCUUACCCCAUGUGGACCAGUUUCAGGUGGUGUGGCCCCAGCGCCUGCCAACACCCCGUGGCCGCCGGGCUCUGCCCUCCCACUGGGGCCUAUACCCGGAUAGUGUGAGCUACAACCUUGGGGCUGGGAGGCACAACUUCACUCUGCGUCUGCAGAGGAACAGGGACCUGCUGGGCUCAGGCUACACAGAGACCUACACGGCUGCCGAUGGCUCUGAGGUGGUGGAGCAGCCACGAGGGCAAGAUCACUGCCUCUACCAGGGACAUGUGGAGGGGCACAAGGGCUCGGCAGCCAGCAUCAGCACCUGUGAGGGCCUCAGGGGCUUCUUCCGAGCCGGCUCGGCUGUCCACCUGAUCGAGCCCCUGGACGGGGUGGAGGAGGGCCGGCAUGCCCUGUACCAGGCGCAGCACCUGCAGCAGAAACAAGGCACCUGUGGCCUCAGCAAGGCAAGCCUGGAACGUGCCCUGGGGCCACGGAUUGCAGCAGCCUUCAGGCCCCGGGUGAGCAAGCAGGCCCCACCUGCUUCCUGGCGGCACGUUGAGCUGUAUGUAGUCACCGACACCACUGAGUUCCAGCAGUUUGGGGGCAGAGAAGCCUUGCGUCGGCGCGUGCAGGAGGUGGUGAACCACGUGGACAAGCUGUACCAGGAGCUCGGCCUGCGAGUGGUGCUGGUGGGCCUGGAGAUGUGGAACAAGGAUAAUAAGAUCCAGGUCCACCCCUCGGCCGAGGUCACGCUGGAGAACUUUCACGCCUGGCGGAGGCAGCAGCUGCUGGGUCGACACGCCCAUGACAACGCGCAGCUCAUCACAGGAGUGGACUUCACCGGCACCACUGUGGGCCUGGCCACUGUGGCCGCCAUGUGCUCCAAGAGCUCAGCAGGCGUGAACCAGGACCACAGCCAAAACCCCAUUGGGGUGGCAUCCACCAUGGCCCAUGAGAUGGGCCACAACCUGGGCAUGGACCACGAUGAGAACGUGGAGGCUUGCUACUGCUCGGUGCCGCGGGACGACGGCGGCUGCGUGAUGGCAGCCAGCCUAAGCCUCAAGUUCCCCAAAAAGUUCAGCCACUGCAGCCGCGCGGACCUCGAGACGUUUGUUGAAAAACCCCAGACUGCCUGCCUGCUGGGCGAACUGGACACUGGCCGUCUGGUCAGCGACCCCGUGUGUGGGAACAAGCUCCUGGAACGUGGGGAAGAAUGCGACUGUGGCUUAGCCCAGGAGUGCCACGACCCCUGCUGCAAUGCCACCUCCUGUCGACUGGCCAAGGGGGCCAUGUGUGCCCAGGGCGCCUGCUGUCACAAAUGCCAGGUGAAGCCAAGUGGGGAGCUGUGCCGUGCUGCCAAGGACAAGUGUGACCUUGAGGAGUACUGUGAUGGCCGGGGCCCCGAGUGUCCUGAGGACAAUUUCCAAGAGAACGGCACACCCUGCCCAGGGGGCUAUUGCCACAACGGAGCCUGCCCCACGCUGGAGCAGCAGUGCAAACAAUUCUGGGGGCCAGCUGCAGGUGUCGCCGUGGAUGUCUGCUUUACCUACACCCUGACAAUGAGCUGCCAGGGCAGGAGUAACCCGGGCCAUUCCCCUGAGCUGGGUUGGCAUGUGCUGAGGGUGGCUUGUCCCUCUAUUCACAGAGCUGACCCGUGUGGCAUCCUGUUCUGUGAAGGUGGGCAGCAGCCCCAGGAACGCAGCUCUUGUGCCUUGAAGCCCCGUGCUGGCCGUUGCCAGGCACUCUUGACAGAAGACAGCAGUGCCUACGAGAAGGUGCAGGUUGGCACAAGAUGUGGGGAGAACAAGGUUUGCUGGGACGGACGCUGCCAGGGCCUGGGCGCCUACAGGUUGCAGAACUGCUCUGCCAAGUGCAGUGGCCAUGGGGUGUGCAACCACAAGAAUGAAUGCCACUGCCGCCCGGGCUGGGCUGCCCCCCACUGUAGCAAGCCUGUGUCUGACGCGUACAUAGCACCCGGGGGCCUGUCCACGGAAGUACUGGUGGGUGUGCUGCUGCUGCUGGCGGCACUGCUCAUUCUGCUGGGCGUCGUCUUCUACCGCAAGGCCUGGCGUCACGGCCACAAGAGGUGGCUCUGUGGGCGCUCCCCGACCAGCCUGGUGCUGGAGGCCCUGGAGCCAGGUGCCUCCUUUGUGCCUGGCCAGGAUGCCCAAGGGAGUGGUCGCGGCCCACCAAACAAGAGCCGUGCUGCACCCCUCACCACCGGCCCACCGGCGGGCAGCUCCACCACCCAUCCCCCCAGACCCUCGGCUUCCACAGUGACCCCUAAGCAGCCACCUCCUGCUCCCCCCACUGCCAUGUCCAGGCCACCCUUCCCGGUUCCUGUGUACAAGCGGCAGACCCCAGAGCAGGUCAUCAGGCCAACUGCUGCACCCCCAAUGCCACCUACCAAGCCGGGUGCUGGCGGGUCUACUCCCUCCCAAGCCAUCAAGCCCACCACUGUGCCUCCACUGCCACCCACCAAGCCUGGUGCUGGAAACCCCAAGCCUGCUCCCACUCAGGUGCUUUUUAACAUCGGCUCUCUUUUCCUCUCCAAGGAGUUUGGCACAAAAAUUGCCCUGAAGCCCCCCAUCCAGAGGAGGUGA